AUGGCUAGAUUGAAUCCUACAAGCCACUGUAAGAAACCGACUUCUUCCCAGCGCAUUCAGACCGCUAUUCCCGAGGCCCAUACUGACGACCGCGAUUUCCCUGCAAUCCUCCAGUACUUGAUGUACACCUCUACCGCCAUCCAAACUGACGCCUCCCUCCUCUUAGCCAUACCCAGCCGGGGCGAUCUAUACGAGAAGCAACAUUCCGACCUCAUUCAACUGCACUGUCUCGCUCGCGCCGAUGACUUCCAGCGCAAGCUGCCCGAGUGCUUCUCCCUUCGCCAAGAGCUCCUUAACAGUCCAACACCAGCAAACGACCCUGAUUCUACCGCGUCCCCUCUUCUGGCUCUACCCUACGACAUCCUCCAUCUAGUCCUCUCCACCAUCGCCUACGCCCCCUCUCAAAUCGCUCUCCUCCUAACCUGCAAGCGCCUCGCCCUCCUCUUCCCAUCCUACCAUCUCACCCUCUCCGCUACCUCCCCCAAAUACGCAGGCCACCUCCCCUCCGCCGUCUUCGACGUGCCCGCCCUCCUCGGCGUCCUCACUCCCGACUUUCCCAAACACCUCCGCCUGUGCGCACACUGCCUCACCGCACGGCCCUGCCCGCCCAACGACACCGACUACUGGCCCCACGUCGCCGGCUGCGGCUCCAGCAGCGACUUCUGGAUCCAGAAGACGGGCUGGGAGUUCCACGGCGGCGGCUGGAAUAAGGUCGUGCACGACAUCUGCCCGCACUGUCACGGCACUUGCAGUCUCGGCGACUUUGGCGACUGCGAUGGCUGUAGCGCGCUGGGGAGGCUUGGUGAUGUGAAUUGGCAGCGCUUGGGAGAGGCGUGGCGGAGGAGGAGGGUUGAGGAGGAGCUGAGAUUGGGCCGCUUUGCGACGUGA